AAUAUAAUUAUAAAAAUUGCUUUGAUUUUGUUGUCUACCACUAAAAAAAUAUUUCCUGUCCAAUUCUCAUCUCAUCUUUGCUUCAUUAAGGACUCUUCAUCGUCUAAAAAGGUGUUUUAUAUUUGUAUUCCAAAAGGUAAGGAUCAAGACACACCACAACCACACAAAAGUGAUAUCCUCAUUCAAUAAGAAAACAUGUUGCUAAGAAGCUCUUCAACACCAGUUCUUGGUUCUCUCCUUUCUUCCUUCACAGAUUCUCCUAUUCAUCAUCAUACUCAUACUGUUACUAUUCACCCUGAGUCCUGUCACAAUGCACUUAAACAUCUACCACCAACAACCACUUCACUCCAACAUCAUCAUCACAGACUCAAUCUCUCACGCACUUCUUCUCCAAUUUCUCCUUCUGUUACUGAUCUUGAACACAAAAACAAAGGCUUUAGAAGAGUUCAAUCUGAAGGCAACUUGGAAGACUUAGCCUUUGCUACUGGCUGUAACAAUGAAGACAGAUUCAAUUAUAUGGACCCUUUAAAGAGGUAUUCGGUGAGACAAAGAUGCUUGGCAUUGGAGACCAUUCCAUCUUUCAUUCUUUCUAAGCAAACAGGCUUGCGUGAAGAAGAGGAAGAUGGGGAAAGUGAUAUUGAAGAUGAGGACUAUGAGUUCAGUGUGGUGAAUAGUGGCAGUGAUAUGAUGAAGGACAGACUUAACAGGAUGAGUUUUGGUGAGGAGGAAGUGGUUGGAAAUAAUAAGGAAAUGUAUCUUGCAAAAGGGCUUGGUGUUGAUGUGUGUGGUGAUGGCAUAGGUGGCUGCAGAGGUGGUAAUGGAGGUGGUGAUUAUAAUUCUAUGGGAUCUGGAGGGAAUGAUGGAGAUAAUAAUCAUGGGGUGGAAGAAUAUUACAAGAAAAUGUUGGAGGAAAAUCCAGGGAACCCAUUGUUUUUGAGGAAUUAUGCUCAGUUUUUGUAUCAGUGCAAACAAGACCUUGAAGGAGCUAUGGAGUAUUAUUCCAGAGCCAUAUUAGCAGACCCAGAAGAUGGAGAAGUUCUAUCACAGUAUGGGAGGCUAGUUUGGGAGCUACAUCAUGACCAACAAAGAGCCUCUAACUAUUUUGAACGAUCAAUACAAGCAUCUCCUGAAGAUAGCCAUGUACAAGCUGCAUAUGCAAGUUUCCUUUGGGACACAGAGGAAGAAGAGGGUGCAGGUUGGAAUCAGCAACAAUGUUUACCUCAACAUUUUCAUCUGGGAGCUAUGGCUACUACUGGUGUUUAGAAGAGAUAUUAUGCAUUGAUCAUGAGAUGACAAAUGUUGGAAAUAUUGUAGGACUUACAUAAGGGUCUCUUAGGUGUAUUGAAAUUCUUCUGUUGAAUAAAUAAGCAGGUUCUGGUGACUGAAUUAACAAGUUGGGUUACUUUCGCAUAAUAGGUCCUUUCGAUGCAAAAUUAAUUAGAUGUGCUACUAGUUUGUAACUACGUUCUAGUUCUUCAAAUUUGGAUUUGCUUAAGUGGAAUCAGCGCAUUUAGAAUGUUAAUUAACA